AAAUCUUCCUUCCCCCAAGAUCAAUAGCCCCUUCGGAGGCUCCACCUUCCGCGCCUCAGCAGCCUCAGCAGCAGGACGGGAAGGCAGGCUGAGGCGAGAGGGCUCCCCUUCCUUAUCUCAACGCCCUUUACCCCGCGAAGCAGGCGAAGACCUCGCUCUCUCUGCGCAUGCGGGAAGAGAACCCCACGCAAAGAGCUCGGAGCUGUACCAGGAAAUUGCAAACCAUUUCUAGCAAAGCAGAAGCAACAACAUUGAGAGAAGCUGCCUCUGUAGCUAAGCUUCAAGAGCGUGACCAUGGGAAAGACAGCUUCUAAACAAUUUUCAGAUGAAGUUUUGAAGGCCCACAAUGACUACAGGAAGAAGCAUGGCGUUCCUUCUUUAAAACUCUGCAAAAAGUUAAGCAGGGAAGCACAGCAACGCAAAGGUAAAUUUUUUGGACAGUCUGUCUUGUUCAAUACAGUCCCACAGCAUCUCUUCUUUUAUCAUGCAGGGAGUGAAGUAGCUGAAAGAUGGUACAAUGAAAUAAACAAUUACAACUUCCAGAACCCAGGAUUUUCCUCUGGGACAGGACACUUCACAGCAAUGGUUUGGAAGAGCACCAAAAAGAUGGGAGUUGGAAAAGCAGCAGCGAGUGACGGCUCCACCUUUGUGGUGGCCAGAUAUGUACCUGCUGGCAAUAUUGUAAACCCUGGCCAGUAUGAACAAAAUGUUCUUCCUCCAAAGAAAUAACUCAGUCAUGUGACAGAACAGAGGACUACUUUCAACAACCAAGAAAAAGCAAAACUGGGGAACUGAUUGCAUUAGAUUGGACAGACCUUUAAGUUGAAAUGAAGUCAGAUGGUAUCCUGUGCUUGCAAACAAUAUUUAGAAGAGAAUUGCACAACUUUUUUUUUUGCCCUGAGGAGUGCAUCUGGUUUUGGUUGAGGGGAGGUGUUUGCUUCUUCUCCCCAACCCACAAAUAAGCCUGUAUGUAUUGUCGAAGGCUUUCAUGGCUGGAAUCACUAGGUUCUUCUUCUCCAUGGCUCAUGAGUUCUUCUUCUCCAUGGAGAAGAAGAACUCAACAGGUUCCUGGACCAUCUUAACAGCAUCCACCCAAACAUCCAGUUCACCAUGGAAAAAGAAAAUGAAGGAAGACUGCCUUUUCUAGAUGUCCUAGUCAUCCGCAAACCAGAUCAACAAUUGGGUCACACCAUCUACAGAAAACCCACACACACAGAUAGAUAUCUACAUAAAAACUCCAACCAUCACCCAAGUCAAAAAAGAAGCACCAUUAAAGCCUUGGCAGAUCGUGCAAAAAGAAUCUGCGAACCCCACCUCCUCCAAGAUGAACUGAACCACCUCAACUGGGCUCUCCAGGCCAAUGGAUACUCCACCUCAGACAUCAGAAGAGCUGCAAGACCAAGAACAAGCCACGAGAGUAAAGAUGAAGAUCCACCCAGAGGAAAAGUGUUCCUGCCAUACAUCAAGGGAACCACUGACCACAUAGGGAAGCUGAUGAGGAAACACAACAUACAAACAAUCUACAAACCCACCAAGAAAA